GCAGCAUGCAGUAUGGUGGGAGAGGCAGGUUUGUUGACUCAGUCGGAUCUUGGGAUAGCCCGGAGCGGUCGUAGACAAAGUAGCUAGCUCUCUAUUACAGUCCGAACCUCCUAUCCAAAAUAAUAAUAAAAAUACUAAUAAUAAUCCAGUUAUGUAGUUCUAUGUACAAGCACUCUUUGAGCAUGAGAGGAGGCCUGUAAGCAAAAGAUGUUCGAGCUACCGGGGGAGCCUUUGAACAAGCCUGGUGUUAGUAGCAUUAGCUUAAUUUGGAAGAUAGACGAGAUAAACAAUUGAAGUUCCCCAGGAGGAGUGAGACAACUCCGGCUAGGCUAACCGGUGCUAGCCUCGGUCAGCUGUAGUAAGCUGGCGAGUGACGUGGGACAUGGGAUCCUUCAUAUUUCUACAAGGACUGAGACUGUAAAUUAUUCGGUGAGUGACCACAGAAAACGGUAUUUCUGCGCUGCUGGGAAGCUCUCUGGUCCAGGCUUCGCUGCUGGCCUUGGAAGUUAGCAGACGGCUAAUAGCUUCACGUCUGCCUUUCCACUAGGGUGCAUGUUGCUGAUGGCUUCCCCGCCAGCUAUGGACACUGUGACUGACUCGUGCCCCACGGUACACCAAAAUGGGACCGCCCAUCGAGAAUCUUCAGACACAAGACAAGCUGCUCCUGUUCUGAGGCUUCAUUUCUACCACAGCAGCCAGGGAGCAGCCGAAAGCAGCUUCCUCAGCUACCCACCUGGGGACUAUGUGGCUGAGGAGCUGUGUAUAGAUGCAGCCAAGGCGUGCUGUAUAUCACCCCUGUACUACAGCCUUUUUAGCCUUUUCCGAGAGGGUGAGAGCACGUGGUUUUCUCCCAACCACAUCUUCCGACUUGAUGAACUGGCUUCUGAAGAUCUGUUUUUCAGAAUACGGUACUACUUUCCUGGCUGGUACAGUAAUGGGGCAUCGCGGGCUUAUCGAUAUGGUGUCAAAAAGGGGUCAGAGAGUCCUGUCCUUGAUGAUAAUGUAAUGUCCUACCUCUUCUCUCAGUGGAGGAAUGACUUUGUGAAUGGAGUGGUGAAGAUUUCCAACUCCCAUGAGUCACAGGAAGAGUGCCUUGGUAUGGCGGUGCUGGACAUGACGAGAAUAGCUAAGGAAAGGCAGAUGUCCCCUUUGGACAUCUAUCACAAUACAAGCUACAAGUCCUUCUUACCAAAGGGUAUGAGAAAUCAGAUCCAAGAUUGUAGUUUUUUAACUCGUAAGAGGAUCCGUUUCCGCUUCAAGCGCUUCAUCCAGCAAUUCAGUCAUUGUCGCACCACGGUCCGCGAUCUGAAGCUCAAGUACCUCAUCAGCAUCGAGUCACUAGAAAAGGCCUUCUACACAGAGACCUUUCAGGUCAAAGAUCCAGCUAGCGGACCGCUCAUCAUUCUGGUUGCUGCCGACACUGGAAUCCAGUGGUGUCGAGAGAAAGUAAACGAUUCUGACGAGGAGCUGCAGACAUUGUGUGACUUCCCUGACGUCACCGACAUCAGCAUCAAGCAGGCAAGCAAAGAUGGCGCCACAGAAAGCCGGUUGGUCACAAUCAAUAAACAAGAUGGGAAAAAUCUGGAGCUGGAGUUUCAUAAUCUGUUUGAGGCUCUCUCCUUCACCUCCCUCAUCGAUGGCUACUAUCGUCUAACCACAGAUGCGCAUCACUACCUUUGUAAAGAGGUUGCACCUCCCAGGCUUGUUGAGGCCAUAUCUUGUCAUUGCCAUGGCCCCAUUUCGAUGGAGUUUGCCGUCAGUCGAUUUCAGAAGUGUGGAAACAAGCGGGGUUUGUACAUCUUGAGAUGUAGCCCCAAAGACUUUAAUAAGUAUUUCAUAACUUUCCCAGUGGAGGUGUUGGAUUCGGUGAAUUACAAGCACUGCCAGAUCACCAGGUCUGCCUCUGGUGAUUAUAACCUCAGUGGAACAAAAAGAAACUUCAGUACCUUGCAGGAGUUGCUCAGCUGCUACCAAAAAGAAACGGUUCGCUCGGACAAUAUCGUUUUCCAGUUCAGCAAGUGCUGUCCUCCUCAGUACAAAGAAAAAUCCUGCCUCCUCAUCUGCAGGAGCAACAAGGGUUCUGAAGUGUCUCUCUCUCCCUCACUGCAAAGACACAACAUUAGUCAGAUGGUGUUUCACAAGAUCAGGAAGGAAGACUUGGACUAUGUGGAAAGCCUUGGACAAGGGACAUUUACAAAGAUCUUCAAAGGGGUCCGAAAGGAGCUGGGAGACUACGGACAGAUGCACGAAACGGACGUUGUAAUGAAAGUUCUGGACGUGGCCCACAGAAAUUAUGCCGAGUCUUUCUAUGAAGCAGCCAGCAUGAUGAGCCAGUUGUCCCAUAAACACCUGAUUCUGAACUAUGGUGUGUGCGUCUGUGGAGAAGAGAAUAUCAUGGUGCAGGAGUAUGUAAGGUUUGGCUCGCUGGACACCUACCUCAAGAAGAACAAGAACUCUAUAAACAUUCAGUGGAAGCUGGAAGUGUCAAAACAGCUGGCCUGGGCCAUGAACUUCCUGGAAGAGAAGAAUCUUGUCCAUGGGAAUGUUUGUGCCAAAAAUGUUCUGCUGAUCAGGGAGGAGGAUCGGAAAGCUGGGAACCCUCCUUUCAUCAAGCUCAGUGACCCUGGAAUCAGCAUCAGCAUCCUGCCUAAAGAGAUCCUGAUUGAAAGGAUCCCCUGGGUGCCACCUGAAUACAUACAGGAGUCUACCAAGCUGAGCCUAGCAGCAGACAAGUGGAGCUUUGGCACCACUUUGUGGGAAAUAUGCAGCGGUGGAGAGAAACCCCUCGCAGGGCUGGACAACUCUAAGAAAGUCCUGUUCUACAACGAUCAGCAGCAUCUUUCAGCACCAAAGUGGACAGAACUGGCUAACCUGAUUACCAGCUGCAUGGAUUACGAGCCCACAUUCAGACCCACAUUCCGGGCAGUAAUCCGCGACCUUCACAGCCUUUUCACACCAGAUUACGAGUUAAUCAUGGAGGACAUACUGCCAAAUCGAACCACUGGUGCUAGCUGGACAACCGGGGGUUUGGAAAACCAGGAGCCGGCUCUGUUUGAAGAACGCCACCUCAUAUUUUUACAGUUGCUCGGCAAGGGAAACUUUGGCAGUGUGGAGAUGUGUCGCUACGACCCACUUCAGGACAACACAGGAGAGGUUGUGGCUGUGAAGAAACUCCAGCAAAGCACAGCAGAGCACAUACGAGACUUUGAGCGGGAGAUUGAGAUCCUGAAAUCUCUCCAGCAUGAGAACAUUGUCAAGUAUAAGGGAGUUUGUUACAGUGCAGGUCGUCGGAAUCUUCGCCUCAUCAUGGAAUAUCUUCCCUUCGGAAGUCUUCGCGACUACCUCGUUAAAAACAUGGAGCGAAUUGACCAUAAAAAGCUGGUCCAUUACGCCUCUCAGAUCUGCAAGGGAAUGGAGUAUCUGUCAAGUAAACGAUACAUCCACAGAGAUCUGGCCACCAGGAACAUCCUUGUUGAGAGUGAGCUGAGAGUAAAAAUUGGAGAUUUUGGCCUCACCAAAGUUCUGCCUCAAGACAAAGAGUAUUAUAUGGUCCAAGAACCAGGAGAGAGCCCCAUAUUCUGGUAUUCCCCUGAGUCGUUGACCGAGAGCAAGUUCUCUGUUGCCUCAGAUGUCUGGAGCUUUGGAGUGGUGCUGUAUGAGCUCUUCACCCACAGUUACAAAAACUGCAGUCCUCCUGCAGUUUUCAUGUCAAUGAUGGGUAACGACAAGCAGGGACAGCUGAUUGUCUAUCACCUCAUUGAGCUCCUCAAAUCAGGCAGCAGGCUGCCUCAACCCCUGGGUUGUCCUUCAGAGAUAUAUAGUAUUAUGGAGGAGUGUUGGGAUAAAGACCCAACUCUACGUCCGUCUUUUAACGAGCUGGCUUUGCGCAUCGACCUCAUCAGGGACGAGGAAUUUUGAAAAUAAAGUGCCCACCUUGUUUUGAACCCAAGACAUUAGAAACGCUGCUGCCCAGAUUGUGGCUGAAGUAUGAAGACCAAAGAAAGGAUCAUCUGCCCCAGCAUGCUCUAAAGCGCCAAGACUUAGAAUGAGGAUCUACUGCCGAGGUGCCUUCAAGCAUGGCACUUUUCUGAUGUGGAGCAGCACAGUGGCCUUUGGCUGGUUGGAAAUGCUCAGACGGCUAAAAAAAUUUUGAAGGGGAUGCCGCUGAAAAUGAGCAACUGUAUUUGGUCAAAGUUUGAAAAGAAGACUUGAAGCAACAAUAGAGACUGUGACAAAACUGUUGCCAGACCUAAAGCUAGAAACGCUUGUGGUGAACAAGUUCUUUAUGUGAUUAUUGUGUGUGUCUGUGAGUGUGUGAGCAUGUGCCUCUGCAUGUAAGGAGCUAGCUGGGCUAGCUCCAACGUCCCCGUCUGUCACCUAAGAAGUGAACUAAUAGCUUAUUUUUUAUAUGUUUAACUGACUGUAUUAUAGCUGUAGCAUUGUGUACAUAUGUCAGAAAGAUUUUAUAAUUUUAUAAAUUUAAAUAAUAUUAACACUAUUUGAGGUGCCAGCAACUGCCAUUGUAAAGUAUGUGCAUAAAAAGGUGAUCUUAAAAAUCUGUCAAGUUUUUGUUGUGGCAUGGUAAUUAAAGAACAUAUCUGUGAAGCAA